CUCUGAUGUAAUCGAUGGAUCCGACUUUGCAUCUCUCGGUAGAGAGCCGAUCUAGUACUUCGGAUGGUACCAUAGACUGUAUACAAAAGGCUUGUAGGCUGCCCGGUGCAGCCGAAGAACUGCAAUGUCUUUACCAACCCCCACCGAUGUCGUGCUCGUCGAAGCCGUCCAGCUCACAGCAAACGUUGGCUCAGACUGCUGGGGUCGCACGCGUGACCAGCCCGUCUCCAUCUCCGUCUACCUCCACCUCAAACCCACCUUCCUUGAUGUGUCCGGGCAAUCCGACAACGUAGCAGACUCCAUCCACUAUGGUCAUCUCACCAAAGCUAUCUCAGCGCUCUCCGGACCAUAUACAAAUGUUCGUGCGCUUGUGCAUGAGGUCACUGAGAAGGCAUUUGCUCUGGCUGGAAAGACUGCGGAUGCCGUGCGCGUCGUUGUAGGCCUUAAGAAGCUCAUUUUACUUGCGGAAGACUUUGAGGUUGAGGUGGUUACACCCAGCGGGCAAAAUAGUUUACAGCAACCUGCAAAGGUUGUCAUCAAAAGCCUUGUCCUGCCCGUGCUGAUCGGCGUCAAUCCUCCUGAGCGCCUUGCAAAGCAGAGGGUGAUCACGAACAUUACAUUCUACGAGAAAUCCGGUAUGCACCAGGUGGACUACAUUGCGAUCAUCAAACAAAUAUCGGAGGAAAUCGACAAUACUGCAUACCUCACACUCGAGAAAUUUGUCCUCCAGAUCGUACGCAGCGCAUGCCUUGCGUCUGAUGCCAUUGAAGCCGUGACAGCACGGUCUCAAAAGCCCAGUGCACUGUCCUUUGCACACUCUUCCGGUGUUGAGAUCACUCGCUACCACAAUGCCUUUCGAUGAUUGCCAUGAGCCGUAUGAGAAAUGUGGUAAUGUGCGUAGCUAAGCUCAGAGAGCGUCACAUACUCAUGCGUGUCAUAGUCAACGCCAAUUUCAUCCAUCAUUGCAUGUACCCGCCUCACAUACAAUAUUAGAAGGAUGCUCGUUACGUGUUUGUUUUCCGCCACGUUUGAGACUGCAUAUGGAGGGAUGUAUGUCGUUCGCUUCAUAAUGCAAGUACGAAUGCUUGAUCUCUCAAUGCAUGACCGACAACGUACACAGCCCAAAUCAAGCCUGGAAGCGAUGAGACUGACCCACAAUAUUUGGUCCAGAUGUAAUGAUCGUGUUCUCGGUGUGCCGACAAUUGCUGAAAUGCAGGUUGUGUCUGAUAGCCUUUUUGUUCGUUC